GUAGGUGGCAGUAUAGACCGAAAGGGAGCCCAGAGAAGAAGGAAGCAAUAACAACGUCCAUUAGGGGCAGUGUAGCACCUGGUAGUUUGCAGACUGCUACAUACUCAGUAGACAAAGAAGAGGUGGGGAAAGCGGAAGUUAAAAGUAGAGUUUCCCUAACAGCGAGGGAUGCAUCGCCUCCUAACUUUGUUUGAUUAUUUUACACUUCAGCUGUUUUUAGUAGGCGCUCUUCGCGUUCUGUUCCUGUGCAGUUAGCUUCCAUUCUCUGGUUUGUUUCCGUCCAGCUCUUUCUCCAAGCAGAAAGUCCACAAGCGGGAAAUUUGAAAUGUGUUCGCAGAGACUUGCUAAACCUGCUGUAACUUUAAACUAAACUAUCCCAUCAAAGCUUCAAUACAUUAGCUGCUGCCUGCAUGUUAUCUCCGGCUCCCUCUGACUCAACCGCUUUCAGUCCGGGUCAGUCGUCGUGCAGUUCGGACACCGGGGAGGUUUUAAUCCGUUCCACUCGCAUUGUUCUCCCGGAGCGCAGGCUGGAAGCCAGUGAGAUACCCCAAUCCGUUCAAAUAACAGUCCAGAAGCUGGGGGAGCCUGUGCGCGUCCAGUCCCAUCGGGCCAAGGAAACACAGAGGCCACGGAAUCCCGGACACAAACCGGAGGCUGUUGACCCAGCUCGGGUAGCAAAGGAUUCCCAAACCGGACCCCUGGCUCCGUCAUCCUCCUCGGGUCAGGAGCUUCAGACAUCAUGCUUCAAGGCCGGGGGGCGAGGAGUGGUGCUGGGAGCGCUGAGACAACGAUCUGUCCCUCUGCCCAGUUGCCACAGCAACCACCACAAGAGGGAAGUCAGCGUCCAGCUGCUGCGGCCAAGGUCGACUCAGAACACAUCAAACGGUUGGAACAGCCCUGAUCAGAGCGCUGACGAUGCAGCGAGCGUGUCGGGUUUUCAGACCGAGGCGUCAUCUGGUCGCCUGGGAGACAUCAGCCAAACUGCAGCAGCUGCUGCAGCCGCAGCUGUGGCUGCAACCGCUCCUCUCAUCAAGGCCCAGUCAGACAUUGAAGCUCGAAUGUCUCAGUUGUCUGAAGGCAUCCAGAAGCUGCUGCACACAGACAGGGAGGAUGACGGCCAGAGACGGAGUCUGAGUCAACACACACUGCAUCGCCUGGAGACGCUGCAGAGCCAGCAGCUGCAGCUGCAGAGCCAGCUGCUGGAGUCAGCCAUCAAGAUAGUGACGGGUCAGGAUUCCAUCGCCUCAGACUCCAAAGCCAAAGUCAAGGACCAGAAGCCAAGCUCGUCAGGAACCGGAGGGCCUGCUAUUGCCCCCGCUGUCAUACCGACGGAUGCAGUUGCCAUGGAAACAUGCCACUGUGACUCCAGGCCAGAGCAAUCCAGGAGCAACCUGCGUCCAGCUGAUCCUGUGGCUGAAAGCGUUCAUCUUCAGUCUUUAGCAAAUGACACUCAGGAAGCGGUAAGGAGAGCCAGUGAUAUGCUAAAGCAGAUGGAGUGUCUGAAGACAGAGAUAAAGAUGCUGCUGACUCAGCAAGAACAUUCCCCAGGCUGCCUCCAGACCCAACAAAGCCAACCUGAGCCCAAACGGAGCAGAUCCAAGCCAAAGGAAGUCCAGGUUGAGUUCCAUGAAAACCAGCUCUACCAGUCAAACUCUGAUCAACACCAGACCCAGCCAAGCAGUCUUCAACCAACCAACCCUCAAAACACUCACCCCCCUUUUCAGGCUUCCCUUGUCCCACACAGACAGUCACAGGAGAACACGGCUCCACAACUGCAGUCCCAACGUAAUCAGCCCCUUUCUCAGAACCUGAUGCCCAUUACCACAUCGCCCCAAGCUGGGCCCUUAUUAACUCACCACAGCCUCGCCCAGGAAGUCCAGGGUCCAUCUAGCCAGAGUCUUCAAGCCCAUUCCCAUCAGUCCCAGUUUUCACUGCUCCAAAGGAGACCUGGUGGCUCCUCUACGCUGGAGGAGGCGGGCCAGGUUCUCCGUCAGGCUCGGAGACGGAAGAAAGUUCUGGAGAACAACCUGGACGCUCUGCUGAAGGCCAAGAACGGAGAAAUCCUACACUGCCAACUGGAAGCCUUGGCUGCUAACAGAGACCUAACUGAAGAGGUGCGGAUAAAGAAGACAGUGGAUGCCUGGAUCAACUCUUUAACCAGAGAUGUCCAGACUCAGGGUCAUCCUCCCCCUCCUCACGGUGCCAUGCCUGCUCUAGAUGCCAGUCAUUGCAGAGCAACAAAUGCAACAAAGCCACAGCAGAGGGCUGCAGGCAGGGGCAAGCCAGUGAGCAUGCCCAGAGGAGCGAGUAAUCGGCCAGUGAUGGGAAGAGGAGGCAGAGGCCAGACUGCUGGACACAGAAUGGAGGCAGAGCCUGCUGGAGUCUCAGGUAACCUGAUGGGCAGCCAGCAAAACGACAUGGAUGGAGAGCUUUAUCUGACUCGUCUGUACGGCAGACUCCCUCACGAAGGUCUCAGGCGAACCCUGAAGAAGAGCCCAUACCCUCGUUUUAGCUCUCCUGUGUCUCCUCUGGGCAGGAAACAGCACCCUCGACUGGUGGAAAGCAUCAGAGGUAUAAGGCUGAAGUCCUGUAAGACUCAGACCAGUUUCGCUCCAGUCCUCAGUUUGUCAGCGGGACAAGCUUCCCAAUACUCCCACUUAUCCUUACACCACUCUGCUCGACCUGUGGUGAACAGUGCAGAGCGCUCCACUGCUGCCAGGGCAAUCCCACUGCGUCUUCCCAGGUGUGAGCGUGUUCAGGACAGAGCAUCAGUACUUCCUGUUCCUCUGUCAGGGAGCAAGGCCAACGUGAACGAUGGAGCCAACAACCACCAGAAGCAGCAGGUGGUUCCAGAAAAGCCUCCAUCUUCUCCAUCACGCGUCACUGAGAUCAAAGCAGCAGAGCCUCUAAAAGAUGACAAGGAUGAAGAAAACAGCUUCCCUGGAAAUAACUUUCUCUCUGUCACUGAUGUCCACCAGGAGCAGCAGGUGGUUCCAGAAAAGCCUCCAUCUUCUCCAUCACGCGUCAUUGAGAUCAAAGCAGCAGAGCCUCUAAAAGAUGACAAGGAUGAAGAAAACAGCUUCCCGGGAAAUAACUUUCUCUCUGUCACUGAUGUCCACCAGGAGGAGAACAGUGAUGUGGGUGAGGAGGUGGUGGUCCUGGAGGGAGGCCCGCCCCUGGCUCCAGUGCGGUACCACAGCCCGGCCUUCCCGCCUGAAGCCCCCUCCUCUCGCCGUGCUGAGAUUGUGACCCCUGUUGCGGGCUGUGGCCGGACGCAGGAUAUCCUGGAGAACCGGCUGGUGGAGUGGGUGGAACAGCAGCUGAUGUCCAGGAUGAUAGCUGAAAUGUAUCGCCCUGCCCCACCUGACCCUGCCCAGAAUGACUCCACUGACCAAUCAGAGCUUGAGGAGCAGAGUUUCACCUCAGAUAUUGUGGAAGCAGCAGGAGGUGGAGGUCUGCAGCUCUUCGUAGACGCCAACGUCUCGGUGGAUUCGGCCUUGAUCAGGCAGCUGGUGAACGAGGUUCUGACUGAAACCGUGGCCCAGAUGCUGGCCCAGACCAGUUCAGUGGCUACGGCUCCAGAACCACGACCGGAAGCACCAGAGUCAGAAGAUAAGGAGGACAAAGUGGCUCCACUGGUCCCAACACCAGUCCCAUCACCUCCACCCAGCAGGCCCCAGCUCAGCAGAGACUCCACCCCAGCAGCCACUCCUCUUCCAUCUAAACCAUCCAGCCCAGUUCCCCAGGACUCUCCUCAGCCAGUCACAGCUCCAGAACCUGUAGCUACGCCGGCUGCCACACCAGAACCCCGACUGCCCGACGUAAGCUCCUCUGCUGCUCAUCAAGCUCCGCCCCCAGCCUCACAGGGGAACCCACAACUUUCACUGGACGAGCUGGAAGAGCUGGAGUCACAGGAACACCCUCUGCCACUGUCUGUAGCAGAGGAGGAGCCGGCGGUCAGCAGCCCCGCUCCUGUUCAGUCCCAGCCUCCUCGGGCAGAACCCAGUCCUGCUCCUCCUCCCAGUCAUCUGGAAACCAGUAGCUCCAGCAGCAGCAGCAGUUCCAGCAGCAGCAGUAGCAGCAGCAGCGCUGUAACUGCAGAGACCGAAGCUGCACUCAAACACAUCUCAGAGGGAGAGUUACUCAUCAGCGUCAACCAGCUGGCCCCUCUGAAAGAAGAGGAGGAAGUCUGUAGCUUCUCCAGCUCGCUGCAUGAGGUGGAAGACAUGGCCUUUGACUCGUCCACUGUAGAACCGGUUGGAGGUCGUAGCAUUCUGCUGAGUCUGUUGACCAAGAUGGAUCAGGGAGUCACUCACAGAGGACAGAGGCCACAGCCUGAGGGCUCCUGGGGGAGGGAGGAGAUGGAGGACGAGGUGAGUGUGGGGGAGGUGAGAGACUGCGGGCCGGCAAAACCUCAGAACCAGACCAGAGACCCGACGGGACUGGAUCAGAGCUCCGCCUGCGGACAGAUCAGCCAGCCUGCAGAUGUUGGACAUCUGGACAAACAAAAUCCACAGGGAGGAGACAGGAAGACAGGUGUUCAUCUGGCCACCUGUAGAGCCCAGGAUAGAAACGAGGAGACCGGCGGGUCAGUGGAUGUGGACACAGACUCCUCCACCAGCGACGUCUUCUGAUCAGAUACUCAUGAUUUCCUUCUCUUAACUCCGUGGAAUCAUUCCCUGCAGCCUUUAACUUUUGUAAAUUUGAGUGAUUGACUGUUUGAUUGUUUUAAAUGUUGUGGUGUUCUUUCAGAUUAAAAGUUACAUAUUUGACUUUUAAUACA